AUGGAACAUUUCCAGUUGGGUGAUGUCACAGACACUACUGACAGAGUUGUGCCAGACCAUGUUCGACAGGGCACUGAAGAGCAGAGAAGGACCUGGCUACAUGACUCCAUGGCUGAGGUUGCGGACAAAUUCCUGACCUUCACAAACACUUUUGACCUGUCAGCUGCAGUGACUGAUGCUGCCCAACGCACUGGCAAGGAGAAGCUUCCUUGUCGUCAGCCUGGUUGCCCAAGAGUAUUCUGGAAUAGCAAGGGUGGCAAAGGCAUGAACAUACCCCUGGAUCUCCAUCUGGAACACCUGAACAACUUCCUUAAGUCGUAUUUGAGGAAUAAAGGCAGCAACCUGACAGAGGACACGGCUACCAGGACGUCAGCCUUCACUGCAGACGUCAAGUAUCACCGCAGACGUCAGGUAUCACUGCAGACGUCAAGUAUCACUGUAGACGUCAAGUAUCACCGCAGACGUCAAGUAUCACCGCAGACGUCAGCCUUCAAUGCAGACGUCAGACGUCAGGUAUCACUGCAGACGUCAGGUAUCACUGCAGACGUCAGGUAUCACUGCAGACGUCAGGUAUCACUGCAGACGUCAGGUAUCACUGCAGACGUCAGGUAUCACUGUAGACGUCAGGUAUCACUGCAGACGUCAGGUAUCACUGCAGACGUCAGGUAUCACUGCAGACGUCAGGUAUCACUGCAGACGUCAGGUAUCACUGUAGACGUCAGGUAUCACUGUAGACGUCAGGUAUCACUGCAGACGUCAGGUAUCACUGUAGACGUCAGGUAUCACUGCAGACGUCAGCCUUCAAUGCAGACGUCAGGUAUCACUGCAGACGUCAGGUAUCACUGUAGACGUCAAGUAUCACCGCAGACGUCAGCCUUCAAUGCAGACGUCAGGUAUCACUGCAGACGUCAGGUAUCACUGCAGACGUCAGGUAUCACUGCAGACGUCAGGUAUCACUGUAGACGUCAGGUAUCACUGCAGACGUCAGCCUUCAAUGCAGACGUCAGGUAUCACUGCAGACGUCAGGUAUCACUGCAGACGUCAGGUAUCACUGCAGAUGUCAGGUAUCACGGCCGACGUCAGGUAUAA